AUGGACCCCACUGCUGUUAGUGAGAGGGGCCUGUAUGAGAAGGGCUCAAAGCAGGUUUCACACAUUGCCGGCGAAGCUCCUGUCAUCAAUGCAGAGAAGGAGUUUGACCGGUUCAUGAAGAGCUAUGAGUUUGCCAUCGAGGCACAGAAACUCAAACGUGAGGACAUCACAAACCUCAUGGAAUUGGUUGUUGACCGGAUGGACAUGUAUCACCUCAUCGGCGCUCUGUUGCUAGAGUUCUGCGUCGGCUUCUACGGCGAGUUUAAAAUGCUUGAAGAGGACUAUGUCAAAGAGCCAAAGCUCAUCAUGGAGAUCUUCUUGCUCAGUAACAUUGCAGCUGUGGGCUACCUGCUCUUUGCGAUCUGGCUCUCGCUCCACGCCUCGGUCGCAGCGCAUGCCAUUGGUGUGGAGUUCCUUCUGGACCACAAUCGAUUGACCAUCCCCACCCCGGACAACCUCCGCGAGAUGCGACAAGCGACCUCGCUCUUUCGCUCGAUCUACAGGCUCUUUCAGAAGAAGCUGUGUGCCCCACAGCAAGCGGGUACCGUGCCCGCCGCGCCCGCACUUGGCGUGCCAGGUGCCCAAAAUGGUGCCGCCAGCAGCAUCCACGCGGACAUGGCAGCCAGUUCUGUGGAGCUUGGAGACCCCUCCAUGCUGUCGAUGGAGGCGCUGGCGACGCCUUUCGAAGACCUGAAGAUGCCAAGGAUCAAGAACGACCUGAUCAAGCACGAGCAUCGGGCCAAGUUCGCCGAGCACCACCGGGCCUGGCUUCGCUUCGACGCCUACUCGCGGGUGGCAAUGGCCCUGGGCAUCAACCAGAUGCUGCAGUCCAUGUCCUACUUCAUCGCCGGGCCCGUGCAGAAGCACAGGCCCAGCUUUGCCUUGAUCACCGUGAUGGGAGUCCAGGCCAUCGCCUUCUUCCUCCUCAAGUUGGAUUGGCGGACGAUGGACACCGAAAACUCGGAUGACGAGUCUGAGAAGCCGAGCAACAAGCGGAAGGAUGUGAGCAGCUUGGAAGGAUCGGAGUUUAUUUUCAUCUGCAUUACCUACCUGCUGCCACCGGUGAUAUUGGUCCUCAUCCUCUGGAUUGCACACUACUUCUUUUCCGAUCCGGCGACAGGGGACCUGGACCAUCAAGGUCGCAUCGUCUCCCGAGUCCUCUCCACGCCGAUCUUUUUCCUGCAUGCGAUCUGGCUUUACCUGGUCCGCCAAAGUAUUGCGCCGCAUCACAACGACCUCCUCCCCGUCCGCCUUCGCACAGUGGGAUACCUCGACGUCUUCACCCGGGAUGCGCUACAGGAGCUCUUGCCCGAGGAGGAAGAGGAGCCGGAACAGGUGAAUCCUGCGAAGCCCCGGAGAGCCCUUUCAAGCCCCAAAGAGGCCAAGGCGCUAAAGCGUAUUGCCCUGAAAGCCUACGUGCGUUCUUUGUCUUGUUAUCAGUUGUUUGACGCCUGA